AUGGCGAACGAUUUUGACGCAGACUUCUCCAUUGAUCUAGUUUUGCCUGGACUGUUUGUGAACCAGCUAGGCGAAUGCAAUGAGCUCUUUAGGCUUAACGUGGGCGGCCAUGACGAUGACGGCAACGAUGGUCUCUAUGGCAAUCAAACGUUGAUGUCUGUUGAUGAAGACGACGAUGAAGAGGAGAUCUUUAAGGAGGAAGAUCCGCCAGCAGGUGCAGAAGACCCUCUGUCGUAG